CCUCCACGCCACUCUCACCCGCUCUUCAUUUACACCUCCUCACCUCACGCUCCUCCUCCUCUACCUCCUCCUUGUCACUCGUUCACUCGUCUCCGUCCCAAGAUAGGAGCCCAGCACAAACUCCCACGAUCAUUCUCUUCCAGAACUUAGAGACAAAAAUGAAGAUCAGUUAGAGGAGGGUUUUCCAAUUCCUACUCGCCUCGCGCUUCCAGUAGUUAGCGCAUUGUUCCUUCUGCUCCGUCGUUUCUUCCGUCCCGCAGCCCGCAGCGGUUGCGGCGAGGUUCUUCCAUUCGAGAAGAUGGCGCUAGCUCUGCGGCUCCUCCUCGCGCUCCUGGCAAUUGGAUCCUGCAUAGCUGCCGACCACGUCGACCUGUGGCCGAUGCCCAAGUCGGUGUCCCACGGGACGCAGAGGCUCUACGUCAGCAACAACGCCACCAUGUCGAUGGCGGGAAGCAAGUAUUCCGACGGCAAGGCGAUCCUCAAGGACGCCUUCCAAAGGAUGCUCGAUUUGAUGAAGCUCAACCACAACGCUGACGGUGCAAACCCAAGCUCCUCCCUGCUUACCGGUGUUAACAUAGUCGUUCUUUCGACACAAGAUGAGCUCGGUUUCGAGGUGGACGAGUCAUACAACCUGACUGUUCCUACAAUAGGGGAGCCACUGCAUGCGCAGAUUGAGGCUCAAACAGUUUUUGGAGCACUUCACGCCUUACAGACAUUUAGCCAACUGUGUCACUUUGAGUUCACAUCAAGGCUUAUUGGACUCAACUCAGCUCCGUGGAUGAUUAGUGAUGCGCCCAGAUUUCCUUACCGAGGCCUUCUUAUUGAUACCUCAAGGCAUUAUCUUCCUCUCGCGACAAUUAAAGGAGUGAUUGAUGCAAUGACAUACAGUAAACUGAAUGUUCUCCAUUGGCAUAUCGUGGAUGAGCAGUCAUUUCCGAUUGAAAUACCUUCAUACCCAAAACUGUGGAACGGUUCAUACUCAUAUUCUGAGAGAUACACAAUGCCUGAUGCCAUCGACAUCGUACGAUAUGCUGAAAAAAGAGGUGUAAAUGUCUUGGCCGAGAUUGAUGUUCCUGGCCAUGCUCGCUCAUGGGGUGUUGGCUACCCAGAAUUGUGGCCAUCAGAUAGCUGCAGAGAACCGCUUGAUGUCAGUAACAACUUUACCUUCAAAGUUAUUGAUGGUAUUCUUUCAGAUUUUAGCAAGGUUUUCAAAUUCAAAUUUGCCCACUUAGGAGGUGAUGAAGUCAAUACAAGCUGCUGGACUGAAACACCCCACAUUAAGGAAUGGUUGAAUAAUAACCACAUGAAUGUGUCGGAUGCAUACAGAUAUUUUGUGUUAAGAGCCCAAAAGAUAGCAAUAUCACAUGGAUACGAAGUCAUUAACUGGGAAGAAACGUUUAACAACUUCGGAGAUAAGUUGGACCGUAAAACUGUGGUGCAUAACUGGCUUGGGGGGGAUGUAGCACCAAAAGUGGUUGCUGCAGGGCUGAGAUGCAUAGUAAGCAACCAGGAUAAGUGGUACCUAGAUCACUUGGAUGCCACAUGGGAAGGAUUUUACCUGAAUGAACCCCUGAAAGGAAUCAACAACACAGAACAGCAACGGUUGGUUAUUGGUGGUGAGGUUUGCAUGUGGGGAGAGCAAAUCGAUGCAUCGGAUAUUGAACAAACUAUUUGGCCACGUGCUGCAGCAGCUGCAGAGAGACUGUGGAGUCCACUUGAGCAGAUUGCUGAAGACACCAGGUCAGCCACAUCAAGACUGUCACGCUUCAGGUGUUUGCUGAAUCAGAGAGGGGUAGCUGCUGCACCACUAGCUGGCGAUGGCCGUACAGCACCAUAUGAACCUGGUCCCUGUGUAAGGCAAUAGGAUAUUCAUAGCAAAAUUUGAAGUAGCAUUCAAAGAGGAUACACAUCAUUUCACAAGUGUUAGUUCAGCAUUAUGAAUCUGAAGUAGUUACAUGGUUGUGUAGACUAUAGAAGGUUUCAGUGAGUCCUUACUGUUCUUUAUGUA